AUGCGAUUCCAAAAAUCUUUGGUGGCUAUAUAUUCUAAUACCGUCAAUGCUUUUCUUCAAGUCAGGGAACGUUUAUUUAAUUUUCAAGUGACCAAGAACAAGAAUAAAUUUCAUAGUGAAGAUGCUAGUAAUAAAAAUAACUAUACACAAAGAAUCAACAAGUUGCAAAUGCCAGUAAGGCCUGACUAUAGCGCACCUAAAUUACCAAUUGUUUUAUGUCACGGACUGUUUGGAUUCGAUAAACUUGGGUUUGAGACAAUUCCAUAUUUACAAUUACACUAUUGGGGAGGCGUACAAGAAGCUCUACAAAAGCUUGGUGCCAAAGUUGUCGUUACUAAAGUUCCAGGAACUGGUUGUAUUCGUACUCGUGCACUAGCUCUACAGCGUAUUUUGGAAUCUAAUUUACAUGGUGGCUGCGAAUUGAACUUGAUAGCACAUUCGAUGGGUGGUCUUGAUUGUCGAUACUUAAUUACACAUUUACCAACAGAUAGUUAUAGUAUACGUUCUCUGACCACAAUAGGGACACCACACCGCGGUAGUCCUUUUAUGGAUUGGUGUAGAGAUAUCAUAGGUUUAGGAAAGCUUUCUAAAUCAUUCGAGACAGCUGAAAAGGCAGCUGAUCAUUUGCUCAGAGAAUUAGAUGAAAGAUGUCGUAAAGUUGAGCAAUUAGAUCAAUUGAACAAAAACCGUUCCGAUUCCAAUAAAAUUAAAAACAAUAGUAAUAACUCGAAAGAUUACGAGAUGUCUAGCUAUAAAACAUUGGAUAUUUCUUUAUUAUCAACCUUACCACAAAAAUUUUCAUCUUUAUUACAUACGAUAAUACACGCAUUUGACACUCCAGCUUACAGUAAUUUAACAACAGAUUUUUGUAUGAAUUCUUUUAAUCCAAACACUCCAAAUCAUCCUUCUGUAGCUUAUUAUUCAUAUGGUGCUGCAACUGAAAUUCCAAUAUGGUCACCAUUACAUCUUCCUUAUCAGAUAAUUAAAGAGAAAGAAGGUCCAAAUGAUGGUUUGGUUAGUGUAAAAUCUGCUCGAUGGGGGAGAUACGUGCGUACAGUUGAAUGUGAUCAUUGGGAUUUGACAGAGUGUUGGAGAUUCAAACUUGGUUCAUCAAAUCAAUUUAAUCCUGUAGAGUUUUAUGUUGAAGUUGCUAAUUCAUUAGCCAAAGAAGUUGUAUUACCAAGACUAUGUCGCAUUCGUCAAACUGACCGAACUGCGUUUGGUUAA